UAAAUCAAAUAAACGUACAAUAUAAUAUACAUAGUAUAUUAUUUAGCAAUAUACUAGAAUAACUAUAUUAUAAAUUGAAAACUUGAGUUUUUUGGAGUAACUGCUUUCCUAAAUUUAAGAGUAGAAUUUGGAGAAGAGUAUAAAAUGUCUAAGAGGUUCACAGUUUAUUUGGUUUUAUUAAUCGCUAGCGUUAAAGCAGAAAAUAUUGAGUUUAUUUUAAAUCCAUUAUCAAAGCCUGUUGCAGUAAUCAAAUGGAAUGUAACUGCUGACUUUUACACAGUUUAUUUUAAUCGAUCAAGAUCUUACUAUAUUAAUGGAGGAAAUACUGAAUUCAAAACAAAUACCAAUCAAUCCGAAACAACAAUCACUCUGGAUUUUGGUGCAGAAUACAGCUUUACAACAACUUACACUCGCAGUAUGUCAGAAAGUUUUCGCAGUCCUACAAUUUUACUGAAAACACCAGAUACACCUCAACCUGUGCCCAUUAAAAGUAAAUUAGCAAAUGUUCUACUAUUAGAUUUUCCAAAUGCUAAGUAUCAUCAGCUUAUAGUGUCAAAAGUGAAACCAUCAGAAAUGCUGCCAUCAACUUCAUCUAUAAUAUCUUCUGGAAGUAUUUUAAGUUCCAUUCUAAAUCAUCCAUUAAAAAACUUGUAUGUCACCUUGGUUGUGGACAUGAUGAAAGUACCAAACGUUUUUUUGGUUGGAGACAACUCAAUAUUUGUGCACAAUAAUAUAAAAGUUCAAAACAUUCCACUAGAACCUAAUUCUACCUAUGUAUUUUUCCAAAGAGCUUUUAUAAAUGAUACUGAUUAUUUCUCUUUCAAUUGGACUGAAGCUAUUCAUACAAAACCAAUAGAAAUACUCAAUGAAACUGAGGUUGUUGCAAUAACAGUUGGAAUCGUGUUUAGUAUAAUAUCUAUCAUAUUUAUAAUUAUUGUUUUGUGUCAUUGGAAAUAUUCAACAAAAUAUACACCAAAACCUCCAAAAAAAUCAAAGAUAGAGCAUUCUAAAAGAUUAAAGACAGAUCCCUGUCUUCCCAUUAAAGAUUCUGAAUUUCAAAAUCACAUGACACACAUGAAGUUUAACAAUUUUAAAGCAUUUAAUGAUGAAUUUUCUUGCAUGCCUGUGGAAGCUUGCAGCUAUAGUGAAUUUUUAAAACUAUCUGAUAAGCAAAAAAAGCGGUUUAGCAAUAUCCCUUGUUAUGAUAAAUCUCGUGUUAUAUCUGAUGAUAUCUAUCUUCAUGCAAAUUAUAUACCUGGUUUUAUUACUUCAAAAGAUUAUAUUAUCAUGAUGAGUCCAUCAAAUGAAGAAAUAGAUGCAUUCUGGAAAAUGGUUUGGGAAAAUAAUGUCAGACAUAUAGUAAUGAUAGGAGCUAUAGUAGAAAAAAAAAAAGUCAUUUGUGCGCAAUAUUUUCCAACCAACACAUAUUCUCUAGAUGAUUGCUCCAUUAAAAUCACUUUAUUGGCUUCUCAGGAGUUUGCAAAUAUGGUUUUAAGAAAAUUUUCUUUAAAACUUGAUGACGAGUCUCGUACAGUUUUUCAUUAUCAAUUUCUGAGUUGGCCUUCAGUGCAAGUAACCCCUCACCUGCCAUCAACAUUUCUUCAGUUUAUGCUGAUGGUUUUUAACGAGACAACAAAAAACACUGCUCCAAUAGUUGUUCAUAGUUCAUACUCUAGUGGCUCAGCAAGUAUAUUUGCAUGCGUAGAUACUCAAAUGCGUCGCAUUGUUAAACAAAAUGAUGUAAAUGUACAUAGUAAUGUUUUAGAAGUAAGAAGUUAUCGUCAUGAUGGAGUUCAAUCUUUAGAUGAGUACAUAUUUAUUCAUGAAUGUAUAUUAGAGUUUAUUUUGACAAGACAUUUUGAAGAUAUACCUAUCCGUUAUUUGUCCUCCUACAUUCAAAAUGUUAACAAGUCAGUUCCUCGCUUUACUGAAGAGUUUGAUUUUAUUGUUAAGAAUCUGUGUAACAACAAUCGCAAAUCAUUAGUUGCUAGCCUUCCAUGUAAUAAAGCUAAGAACACAGAUGAUUGUAUUAAACCAUUUGACUAUAAUAGAGUAAAGUUAAAAAAAUCUAAUGAAGAAGGUUCGGACUAUAUUAAUGCAAGCUUUAUUGAUACCUAUUUGGCAAAAUCUUCAUUUAUUGUUGUACAGACACCAAAUAUUGAUUCUAUGGAGGUAUUUUGGCGUAUGGUGUAUGAAAUGGAGACCUGGGUCAUAAUUAUGUGUUGUCAGGAGAUAGAGCAAGGAAAUUUAUGUACAGAAACAUUUUGGCCUGAAGAAGGCUUUAUGAUGGUUUUUGGUGAUCUCUCUGUAAAAUUAGUAUUUGAAGAACUUCAUAUAAAAGAUGUGAUAUUUCGUCGCAUUCAGAUUCUGAAUAACAAGAGUGGAGAAGAAAAACUUGUUGUUUUUUAUCAAUAUCUUGCUUGGCCAAAUGAUGAAAAUAUUUCAUCCAGCUCUAUGUCAAGUCUAGUAAAAAUUGUUGAACAGUCUAGUUCCUGGAAGGAGAAGUUAAAAGCAAAAAGUAUUGCGCUGGUUUCCAGCACUGGAUCUGGACGCCCAGGUGUCAUUAUUGCUCUGAGAUCUCUCAUUGAAGAAAGUUCAAUUACAGGUAGUGUCAACAUUGUUCGAACAGUGUAUAUGUUGCGCCAACAAAGAUAUGCAUUGAUCCAAACGAGGGAGGAAUAUUCUAUUAUUUACUCUUGCACGUUGGAACUUACUAAAAACAUCCGUAGAUCUGGCAUUAUUUCCAGCCUAGAACCUAAUGUUAAUACUUCCAAGAUUGGCAAAAAUAUUUUUCCUGAUGGAUAUUUAAAUGUUCCACGAAAAUGUUCUUUUAUUUCACUUAAUACUAUUGAUUUUCAAAUGCAACAAUCUUGUCUUUCUACGGAUCAGGUGUCUAUGGUGUCUUUGCCUGUUGAGUCGCCUACAGAUUUUUCGUACGGAGUCUUAGGUAAUUCCAAUGAAGGUUAUGUCAGUCAUGGAAGCGAUGAUUCAAAAUCUUCGAAAGAUACAAGUUUUUAAAUGAGAUCAGAAAUAUUUUUUUCUAUAAAUCUUUUUUUAAUUAUUGUUAUUUAUAUUU